AUGGAUGGUGUCGAUCCAAAUACUCUACUGGAAUGGCUCCAAACAGGGGUCGGAGAAGAACGUGAUCUCCAGAUGAUGGCCUUGGAGCAACUGUGCAUGCUGCUAUUGAUGAGUGAUAAUAUUGACCGGUGUUUCGAAAGCUGUCCUCCCCGAACGUUUCUUCCAACGUUAUGCAAAAUUUUUCUUGAUGAUACAGCAACUGAAAAUGUCUUGGAAGUUACUGCACGAGCGAUUACAUAUUAUCUUGACGUCUCCAACGAAUGUACUCGACGUAUAACGCAGGUUGAGGGAGCUGUCAAAGCAAUUUGUAAUAGGCUUGCUGCUGCUGAAAUGACGAAUAGGACAAGCAAAGAUUUAGCUGAACAGUGCGUGAAACUUUUGGAGCAUAUAUGCCAACGUGAAACAUCUGCGGUAUAUGAUGCCGGUGGAUUACAGUGCAUGCUUGCUUUGGUGCGACAGCAUGGCCAGAGUGUUCACAGGGACACUGUUCACUCAGCCAUGUCUGUUGUGACAAGACUGUGCAGUAAGAUGGAACCUAGUGAUUCCGCAAUGCCACAGUGCAGUGCAGAUCUUGGAGCCUUAAUUGAGCACGAUGACAUUAAAGUAUCUGAAUGUGCCCUAAGAUGUUUCGCUGCCCUAACUGAUCGUUUUAUACGCAAAUCUAUGGAUCCGGUAGAGCUGGCACGACAUGGUAAUUUGGUGGACCAUCUUUUGAAUUCCCUCCAUCUAUCAUCAGUACAGUCGGCACCAUCGUUGGCGCUUCCCACUUCGACGUCUUUGAUUAAUCUUUGUCGUGGUUCAGCAGCUGUCACGGAGCAAGUGGUAAGUUCUAAUCUCCUGGUACCAGCUCUAAAAACGGUAUUAUGCAGUAAAGAUGAAAGAUGCGUCAUGGAUGCAAUGAGAUUUUGUGAUCUAUUAAUUAUUUUAUUAUGCGAAGGUCGUCAUGCAUUACCGCGAAGUUCGACAUCCUCGUCAGUAUCUUCUCGCAGUGAAACAUCUGUUUUUGAACGGUCUCAUCGGCACUUAAUUGAUUCUAUUCGCCAGCGGGACACAGAUGCUCUUAUAGACGCUGUAGAAUCAGGACAGGUUGAUGCAAAUUUUACGGAUGAUGUAGGGCAGACGUUGUUGAACUGGGCAUCGGCGUUUGGAACUGUUGAUAUGGUCACUUAUUUGUGUGACAAAGGAGCGGAUGUAAAUAAAGGACAACGUUCUUCUUCGCUUCAUUACGCAGCUUGUUUUGGGAGGCCUGAUUCAGCUGUGUUUAUGUGUAUGCGAUGUAAUCUUGUACUACAGAAUGUUGGUAUUAUUCAAUUUAAGAUUGUAAAAGUCCUUCUUAAAAACGGAGCGAAUCCAGAAUUACGUGAUGAAGAGGGAAAAACCGCUCUUGAUAAAGCGCGUGAGAGAACUGAGGAGGGUCAUCAGCAAGUUUCAGCAAUUUUAGAAAGCCCUUCUUCAUACAUGCAGAAAGAUGAAACAGGGCUUACUGUUUUUACUAUGAUAAUUUUUGACAACCCUUUCUCUCUUAAUGAAUUAUACAUGAAAUCGUUUCAGCGUACAAUGGGUACAACUAUUUUGAAGUCAAGCGUAUCACUGAUAAGGAAGACGGUGCACCACAUGUCACCUGAGUCGCUUAAAUUCCUUGUGAGCAAUAAUUUUUCUUCUGGUCCGGAAGGCGUGAGCCUAUUCUUAUCUGGCCAGAAGCUUGCUGAGGGUAUCGUGAACGUUAUAGUUACAAUGCUUGAUCAUGAAGAUAAUAUUGAAGGACAAGAAAAUGUGUUGCUGUCCAGCAAAUUAUUUGAUGCAUUUUUAGGGGCUCAGAGACGGCGUAAAAGUGGCGUUGUGUCAUCGGCAUUCAAAAAUUCUGCCAGCGAAGAUGUGUGGGAGAUAGUACGAGAAAAGCAUUAUCGAUGGAAAGACUGGCGUAUCAUUAAGACCAGUGACUCGUUUUAUAUAUGGUGUGACGCAGUAGCUAUGGAACUAAGGUUCUUCGUCUUGAAAUCCCUUGUAGAAUGUUUUCCUGAAACUGGUGCUGAUAGUGCUGAAAAACGUGGGGAGUUUCUAGAUAAGCUGACUAAAGCGCGAAGUGCUGUCCCCUUAGGAAGUCCAUUGCUAUCUAUAAAAAUCGGGAAAUGGGUUUUGAAAUCUACCAAAGCGGGCGAGCUCAGCAUUAUUUCCGCUCAUAUUUCAUCGUCUGAUAUUUUGUUUUCACCGGUGAGUAAUGUCAGUUUUGAUUUCGUAACCGGGUGGGCUGCAAGAGGCGAUGGGCGGCGGUUGCGUUUCAGAACAGAAGCUAGAAAAGCGAAACUGCAGGAAAUGGCUAAAAAUUUGUGGGAGAAUUAUAUCAAGGAGGCUCAAGCCAAGCCACGAGACGCUUUAAUAGAGCUUCAGAAAGCAGCGGCGUCUAUUGAUCUGUAUAUCGUACAUUUAAUUUUCAAGGCAAUUUCUAAGUCAUUGAAAUAUUUGCGGGAUUCAGUAGUCAAUGAUAGCCUUUUGUCAACCUUCGAAUUGUCAAUUUCCGGUUUAGUCGGCGCACUACUAUCACUACUUUGUAUUGUUUCGAAUAAAAAGGACUGUUCUAGUUAUUUUUUACAGCAUUUUUCUGACUCUCGUUCUCUUGCUGCCUUAGUUCGUAAAGUUGUUCUUAUUCUGGAAGCAGUUGAGAAAUUUCCGCAAUACUUGUACGAUACACCAGGUGGUUCCUCAUACGGCCUUCAGUUGCUUUGUAGAAAAAUAAAGCUGAAGCUUGAACUCAGCCAGCCUCUUCAGAAAUCAAACAAUCAAAAUCAAUUUAUUGACAGGACUGGUAGUCUAAUGAAAACUGAGCCUCUGACUACCGUUGGACAGCUGAAAAAUUUUAUUUUGAAAAUGGUUUCGAAGCAAUGGUACGAUCGUGGGCGAGAAACGUUUAAUUUUGUCAAACAGAUUAAGGAAGCGAAAAAAUCUGGUGAUAAGCUUAAUUUUGUCUACACGAGUGAUUUUGACGAACAAGAAAAUUUCACCGUUCUUGCAGGUGUUAUAUAUUGGUUAGGAACAAAUGGUAAGACUUCAUCCGAAUGGACGAAUCCUGCAAGUGUUCAAGUAAUCCAUGCGACAUCUUCUGAUGGUUCUCGCCAGCCUUAUGGUAAACCAGAAGACAUUUUCAGUCGUGAUGUAAAUGCGAUAAAUUGCCAUACUUCUGACGACAAAAAUUCUCAUUUUACAAUGGAUCUUGGCAUAUAUAUGUUUCCAACUAUGUAUUCACUGCGUCAUGCUCGUGGUUAUGGUCGUUCUGCUCUCCGCAAUUGGUUGCUUCAGGGCUCUCGCAAUGGUCGUUCAUGGGAUACCUUGAUAAGUCACGAAAAUGACACUUCGCUCAAUGAAGUUGGUUCUACUGCUAGCUGGCCUAUUAGUUGUCCGAAAGGAAAAGGUCCAUAUCGUUUUUUGCGAAUAAUGCAGAAUGGUAAGAAUGCUAGUGAUCAGACUUGCUACCUCUCUCUCUCUGGGUUCGAAGUGUAUGGACCUGUUGUGGAUGUUGUGGUGGAAAACAAGGGUUCUAGUACCACGGCGUCAUCUACUACACCUGCCGGAGAUGAAAAGGAAGGCAAUUCAGUUGUAAAAGAGUUCGGGAUAACGUAUCUUCCAAGUGGUCCCAACAAUAAUAAACUAGCUUGCGGUGUUCUAGGUCCUGAGGUCUUGUCGAUGUUUCGCUAUCGUCGUAGCUUAAGGCAUGAAAAUCCUCCUGCAGAAAAAAGUAGUCCCGUAGUGUCUGCCGAUGCUGACGCAGUCUGUUCAGUUGGGAGUCGGGUUACGCGUGGUCCUGACUGGAAGUGGGGCGCUCAGGAUGGUGAAAAUGGCUGGGUUGAUGUACGGUGGGAUAGUAGUAUUGCAAAUUCCUAUCGGUAUGGCUUCGAUGGAAAAUUUGAUAUAACCGUAAAGUCCAGUGGCUCUAAUCCUGCUGCUGUGGUACCUAUCCCAGUAAGUGAUGCGAUUAUAAAGUUUUGGCUAAUUUUUACGAUGAUUAUGUUUACAGGUUCUCGGGAGACAAAAAAUAAAGCUACAGCAUCAUCAACAAUAUCGCAGAAAUCAAUGUCAACGACAAAUUUAUCUGAUGAAUCAAAAACGGAAAAGCAUCCUUCAGUUGCAUCAACGAAUCAAGCUGCAAGUGCAGAGUCUUUGCAACACCAAACACCGUCUUUGGAAAACCUUCUUGCUCGUUCUCGUAUAUAUGAUGAAAAGAUACCAGAAGUUGUAAAUGAUGACGGUUCAGGUCCAACAACAGAAGUUGCUGGAGCUGGGUGUUCAUUCUUAGGAUACGAAUCUGCUGUUUUUUACUAUUGUUUAAUUAGUACUCUAAAUUUUAGUCUCAGUGUAAGUGCCCCGGAUUUGGUGGUCAUGCGGCAGCAGCGCGCACAAGCGUCUACAUCUGCCGAAUUCAGGAAUGACCCAUCAAGUGAAACUCAAGAAGGGUCUGUUAACGGGGCAGGUGAUAGCAUAUCAAGCGGUGUGCUUGGAGCUGCACCAGGUAUUGUUAUGGGUGAAGCUGACCGCUUAUUAAGCGAACAGCGCUUACGCGCAAGUAAUAGUGAGCGCCAGCAAAGAAAUGUAAGUGGGUUAAAUCGCACUUGGGAUGAUGAGUUUGUUCUUAAGCAGCAGUUUCCUGUGCUUAUCCCCGCUUUUGACCCUCGACCUGGCAGACCGAAUGUUAAUCAGACACAAGAAAUUGAACUACCUGUUAACGUAAGUGAUGAGAAUGAACCGAAAUUGCGGUUAUAUGUCCGAGGACCAAACCUUGCUAAUAUUGCUAAUGUAACUGUUGAAUUGAAUGAUGACAAAGCCUCCUUCUUCUUUUUCCUUCAGCAGUUAGUCCAAAACGUUGAUUGGGGACAGAAAUCUGAAAGGACUCGCCGAAUCUGGGAACCGACUUACACUUUAGUAUAUGAAGAAAUUUUUGAUGAUUGCGACGUUAAUGACGAAAAUCUUUCACUGAGGAAGUCAAGCCAGAUUGCUCCAGCGAUUGUUAACGAGACAUUGGCUUUGCUAUCUGUCCUCCACAAACUUGGCGGAAUGCUGGAAGACCGUGAAAUGUCUUCUGAAACCUUUAUCAGUGAAAAAUUGACUCAGAAGCUGAUGCAAGAAUUGGCCGAUCCACUGGUUGUUGCUGCAGGUGCUUUGCCUUCUUGGUGCGAUCUUCUAAUAUAUCAGCACCCCUGUCUCUUCAGCGUUGAAACAAGGACAUACUUCCUUCAAGCCACUGCUUUUGGAACUGCUCGAGCUAUAGUGUGGCUGCAAGCACGGCGAGAUCAGGUAUGCGAAGUAGUUGCGCCAGGAAUUGUUUUUAUUUCAAGUGUUCGCAGAGACGAUCAUUAUCCGGAAUAUCGUAUUGGACGUAUUAAGCACGAACGAAUUAAGGUACCUCGCAGUGAUGAUCAGUUGCUAGAAUAUGCCGCUCGAGUGAUGAAGUUCCAUGCUGAUCGGAAAGCAGUUUUAGAAAUAGAAUACCAAGAAGAAGAAGGCACAGGACUUGGUCCUACAUUGGAGUUCUACGCACUUGUUGCUGCGGAAUUUCAAAAGAAAUCCUUAGCAAUGUGGAUAUGCGAUGACUCUGAUGAGGACCAAAUGAAACGUGAAGAGACUGCUGUAGAUCUUGGAGAAGGAGUUAAACCACCAGGCUAUUAUGUGCGGCGAGCAGGUGGCUUAUUUCCUGCCGCCUUACCUCCGUUUAGUGAAGAUAAUAAGCGUGCAGUUGAACUGUUUCGUAUGCUUGGGGUAUUCUUGGCAAAAGUGAUACAGGACGGCCGUUUGGUCGACCUUCCUCUUGCUCGGCCAUUCUUCAAACUACUUGUGAAUACCGGGGUAGUUGAUAUGACGACUCACGAUUUGCGCAACAUACUUACCUUGGACGAUUUUGAAGAAGUUUCUCCUAUGAAUGGACGAAUUCUCAAAGAGCUCACUGCUUUGGUUGGCAGAAAACGUGCUAUAGAAGCAGACUUGAGUCUUGAUCCCGAAGUAAAAAGGCGUCGCAUAGAUCGCUUAAUGCUAAAUGUUAAUGGCACAGAAUGCUCAGUUGAAGAUCUCUCUCUUAGUUUUGUAGUUAACCCACCGUCAAAUGUAUUUACUUAUUCCGAACUAAAUUUGGUCGAAGGGGGCUCAAAUAUGGACGUCACUACAGAAAACAUGGACUUAUACGUUGAAAAGUGCACAGAUUUUUAUUUAAACACCGGCAUUCGAAAUCAGAUUACUGCUUUGCGUGAAGGUUUCGACACGGUUUUUCCCCUAAAGUCUUUGCGAAUGUUUGCCCCGGAAGAAGUACAGACACUUUUAUCAGGAGAACAGUAUCCAGAGUGGACUCGAGAUGAUAUAAUCAACUACACAGAGCCAAAGUUGGGGUACACUAAGGACUCGCCAGGAUUUCUCCGUUUUGUUGAUGUCUUAGUUGGCAUGACACCAAGUGAACGAAAAUCAUUUUUACAGUUUACCACCGGUUGCUCCUCUCUUCCACCAGGAGGUCUCGCGAACCUGCAUCCUCGUUUGACUGUUGUUCGUAAGGUCGAUAGUGGUGAUGGAAGUUAUCCAUCAGUAAACACUUGUGUUCAUUAUCUCAAACUUCCUGAUUACAGUAGCACUGAAAUACUGAGAGAACGGCUGUUGACAGCUACAGCUGAAAAAGGAUUUCAUCUUAAUUAA